GAGAGAGAGAGAGAGAGAGAGAGAGAGAGAGAUUUACAGUGCAUCAUAUAUAUACUUGAAAAAUUAAAACGGGUAUAUCUUCUCCGUAAAAGGUUUAUCACGAGAAAAUUCACGCCCCGGAAGCACUUAAUCGAUUCCUGGAAAUUAUUAAUUUAUAAAAGCCAGAUUCACCGUCAAGCCACCGUGAGCCUCAGCCUUGCCGGAGGGCGCAGCUCGAGGCCUAGCACCAGCAGUCAUCAGCGCAUUCCAACACCACAGGGAGUCGACUUAUGCUAUUGUCUGGCACGCUUCCAACAGCCACCAUAGCCGCUGCUCCGGACGGCUCUAACUGGCUCUUGAAGGCUUCUAAAUGACACUUCACGGAUUUUACCAGACACUGAGAGGCUUAACACAUGUCGUGAACCGCUGGAAACUGUCCCCGUCGGCUUUUGUAAACUGGAGAGGAUCUUGGUGGCCUAAGUGAGCGUCGGCAUGAGACUGGAUGGCCCUCGCCUGACGUGGGAGCCGAUUGGUAGUGUGAAUCCCAUGCGAGGAAGCCGCCACCUCAGCACACCUCACCCAGAUUCAUUGCCUACACAGGGAAGGCGACGGCGUUCCAGAAGUCUUCAAAGUAUCCAUGACGAGGAAGGGUGUGUGGGCAAGACGCAAAGGGACAGCGGGCUCUCCUCCACUAGCAAUGCAAUGAAGCAGGCCAUGAAGGGAAGCCGCGGCGAUGCAGGGAGGAGGCGGAGGUCUCAGGGCGGGGAUGUGAUGGGCGGCGGGCGGUCCAGCAGUAGCGAGGGUGGCGAGGAGCGACGCAAGCCACACGCCCUGCCGCCCCUCGCCCAGAAGCCCCGCACCCCGGCCAUUGCGGCGAGUCCGCUGGAAAAUGAGUUAGCGUCACACUUCAUUGGGUCGCCACCGCCAUCAGGGCUUCGGCGGAGUGACUGCGGCUACGGCCUCAGUGUGGACAGUGUGGGGGAGGAGGAGGGCAGCGGUGGUGAGGAGGAGCGCACUGUUUACCGCCCCACUGACCCCUCACUGGAGGCCUCGCAGCCCAAGAUCACCCUCAACACCGCCCCCCGCCGAGGCUCGCCUCCCCCGCCACAUGCCAUUGUGUCCGCUGAGAAUAUCACCUCCACCCCCACCUCUGCCAUCUCCCUCCGGUGCCUGGCCUCUGCUGCCACUGAGACUCUUGCCCUCCAUCAAGCCCUCACGCCCCCCCCAAAGCUGGUCACCUACCGGGCCCAAGGUGGGGCCGACGCCGUCCAGGAAUGGGUGCCAGAUGAGGACGGUGGUUUGGCUACACCCCCCCGCAAGUGCUCCUCUCCUUCCAUCCGGGACCUGCCCUCCCCCCUCCUGGGCCGCAGUGCCCUUGGCAGCCGCCCACCUCCACCACUUCAAUCUACCCGAAGAACCAGGUCGAUGGUUAAACUUUCACCCAUCCACAAAUCGUCCUAAUCUGCCUUCAAUACUCCAGCAACAGUGCUUUGUUCAUUUUUUUUAUAUAUAUUGUGUAUUCUUAAAAACUUUGAAACUUGGCAGUUGUGCCUUGUUAUUUUGAGCCACACUGGACUGUGGAGGUCUGAACUAGGAUACUAAGGUAAAGAUGAAGUUGUGGGCCUACUUUAUAGCCACGUGUUGCAUCAGCACUUAUUUCCGUCACCUCAGCCCUUGAUCCUGAGAUGGGUAGGAAUCUAUUACCUCAGGACACUGGGCCAGUGUAUCAUCUGGGUUACCGUAGUUUAUCUUCACCAGAUUUCCCGAGGGACCCAUUUACUGAUCAGCUUGAAAGGGAGGAAGAACGGGCCAGAAUGGGAUCGAACCCAGUCCUGUGGAUUCAUAACUAAGCAUGCCAGUCACUGCACCGCAGAGGUGAACAAAGAUGGGUUAAAGUAAAUUUAGUCAGGCUGGAGAUGGGUGACCUCUGCUGCCAGAAGACUGUAAACUUCCAUGUAACCUCCACUGUUGUAAAGCACCCCUGCCAUUUCAGCAAUUCUUGGAGGUCAUUUUUCAGUUUAGCUACUAGAAAUUGUUCCUUCAACUUGCUUUUCAUGUUGCCUCUUAAUACAGCUGCUGUGAGCUCUGGGAUCUUCACCAUUAUUUCAUGGAGAGUACAGUCAGUCCUGUAGCCCUGCAAUACUCACUGGGUUUGUCUUUGAACGUGUUUCGUUGUGAAGCUUAUAAAUCAACUGUAGCGCAUGUUUGUGAGUCACAGAAAAUUAGUUCUGUUACUUAUCUCGUCGAAAAGAUCAAAGAAAUUUCUACUAUAAAAUGUAUUUUGCAUUGUUAUAUACUGUGUAACAAAAAACCUUGGCAGAAAUUUAUAGCUUAAAAGAUAUUACUUAUUUUGAUAGUAAUCAUCAUUGUAAAGCACUAUUUUCUACGUGAAUAUGACUGUGUCGUUCAUGUGUGUGUCAAAUGUACUGAAUGUUACCUCGUGUUAUGGAUCAACUAGUAUAAACUACAUACAGGAACGUUCCAGCAUCGUCAACUUUUCCAGAAACUGUCCCAUCCCUAAAAGCAUGCCACCGACAACCAUCCUGCCACAUUGACAUAAGAUUUCCAGUUGCUUUUCUUUUGAAGCUUUAACUGUGUUACAUGAAGUUGUCUGUAUUUGUGAGAUUGUUAUGGGAAUAUAUGCAAGAUGAAGUGUGAAUUUAUAGAACAGUGACUGUGAUCAUUAGCAUGCUGGUAUUUUCAGAGCCUGACGGCAACAGUCAUAGCACACCUCAUGAACCUCGUCCAGGACCAAGAGAAAAAAGGAGAGGAGAGAGACUGACUCAGCGGUUAUAGGAUUCCAUGAGACUAGUCAGUGAAAUGUGCUACGAGUUUUGUAGUAAUAGCAAUAGUAGUUGUAGUAAAAGGGUCGUAGUGAUGGAAGUGGUGGGUGUAGUAAUGGAACAAGCUGUAGUGCUGGUGGUAGUUUUGGCAGUAAUGUUGGUGAUGGCAGCCACAUAAAAUAAGUCGCUAAUGCCUGAUAACAAUUAUAUAGAUUUUUCAUGCUUUAAUCAAUACUUCAUAUUAAUGUUUCAUGCAAGAUGGAAGAAAAACAAAAAAAGCAAUGUUCAAGAUACCUUCAGUAGUUAUUGAUUGUGGUGAUGCACAUUACAUUCAGCAAAGUGUUUUUUUUUUUUUUUUUUUUUUUUUUUUUUCAACGAGUCAUGUGUCAGUUUUAGCGGUGAAAAAGAAUCAUGCCUCACAGAGCUGAUUGCAUAAAAAUGAACAUCUAUGAUAUUAACAAUAUGAUGAUGAUUGGUUGUAGUCGCAGUAGUAGUAGAUCAUUGUUGUUAUUAUUUUUAUCCUUAUCAUCAUUAUUAUUAUUAUUAUUAUUAUUAUUAUUAUUAUUAUUAUUAUUAUUAUUAUUAUUAUUAUUAUUAUUAUUAUUAUUAUUAUUAUUAUUAUUAUUAUUAUUAUUAUCAUUGUCAUUUCUAUUCAUACUAUUCAUGCUAUUACUACUGUCAAUUAUGGGAAAGUUUCUAGGACUCGUGCUGCAGUCUGUUUAGAUUCUGCAGGAUUAUCAUGAAGGAUGUUGAUUAUCAGAAGUUUAGAAUUUUCUUUUUCUUUUUCUUCUUGGAGAGGAGAGGAGAUAUAAUGAUUUCCAAGGAGUCGCUGCUUUGAAUUCAGACUGGAACUGGUUUGGUUGUUUUGAACGCUGGAAGAGAGGGUUGUUUUCUACCAGGGCUGAGCUGUUUUGUGUCUUAAGGUCCUUUGAUCUCUUGGCACGAGCUGUGGACUUUCAGGCUAUAGCAAAUGUUAUCUGUUUGAUUUUUUUUUUAUAACAAGGAGACGGUGGGACUGAACUGUAUUUGUUCAAUAAUUUGCUGCUCUUUGGACUUGCCAUUGAUCUUGAGCUGCAAACUUUGUUAGGAAGCAAUUAAAUAUUUUGGCAGAGCUGUUUUGAACUUGUGUUUGAAGUUUUAAAGUUCAGGGACAAGUUAUUUUGAAUUCCAUAGUUGACUUACAACAGUUUAGUGGAUGAUCUAUUCAUGACUACCUUUUAUGGUAAAAGACACAAACCAAAGGCAAGACAAUAAUGUAAAGAACAAGCUGCUUCAAAAAGAAUACAGGAGCCUCACAUCUGUGUUAUGGCUGCACAGAGCCCUUCAUGAUAACAUGGUGAAAUCAUAUAUGCCUGCAGUUUUGCUGUGAAUAAAAUACAUAAGAUUGACUUGGGUGUGCAUGAAUAUGUUAAUUUCAUUCAUAUCUCACUCUAAAAAAAAAAUUACGUCAGCAGUUCAGACUGUGAUAAUAUAGAUUAAAGCAUUUUCUUUAAAAUUCUUCACUUGACAUGCUGGCAGGCAAGACACCCAGGUGCCACGAACAUCCACAAUCCAAACAGAACCGUGACUGUAAUUACAUUGAUUUUAGAUAACAAAUAAUAGUGCAUUAUUCAUGGGGGGAGGAGAGAAAGAGAGAGAAUUACUCCAAUUUGUGAACAGACAUUUUAAAUGUUUAUGCUCAUUCAGAUGCUGGAUUUAUGUAUGAAUGUAGAGAUUCAUGCAUGCAUGUAUGUAUGUAUGUGUGUAUGAAUGUAUGCAUGCCAGUAAUGUACCCUAUUCAUAUAUGCAUGCAUGUACUAUGUAUGUAUCCAUGUAAGUAUAUGUGUGUGUAUGCAUUAUGUAAUGUAUAUAUGUAUUGGAUUCUUCAGUACCAAUUAAAAAAUGCCAGCAUUGAUGUGCAGACAUAGUGGGCUUAGGAAGGGAAGGACGAGAGCUGAUUAAAUUAUAACCACUGCAGAAACCACUAGUGUUGCAGACUAAUAUGCCUCACAGUACUUGAAAACCAAGGCCAGUACAGGCAAAAUGAGCAAGACUAUUCAUCACCAAAGCUGCGACUUUGUGUGAGUCUGCGUGUGUCGAGCACGAAAAAGUGGAGAGAGAAAUGUAUCAUGCUGUAAAAUUAAUAAAUAUCUGUACACA